AACUAGUUGGGAUUAUAGACGCCUAACAGAUGUAACUACAACAACGGAAAAAUAUUCUUCGGUUUCUUCCAAUUCCGACCUUAUUAAAUGCCAUAGGAUAUCAGUGUCCAUAUCUGAAACAACCACUCAUCUCUCCCUUUCCGUUUCUUGGUGUGGAAUCCACGCUCACGAAGUGCAUUGGGUCGCUUUUGUCCACACCCGAUCACUCUCUUGUGGCUCGCAAAAUCUCCAAGAUUCGAUCCAUUUUUCGUCUUUAAUUUCAAGAUUCUUUGUCGCCUUAAACUUCCUAUCGCAGACCACCUCACCAAACAACUCCUUUUUUUCUCUUUCUCCCUUUUUUUCAACCCAUAUCUUCGGCAGCUUUUCAUGGCAAGUUCGCACUCAUUCUAUUAAUGAUUUAAUCAUUUGGGUGUGGCUGAAUUUGUUGGAUUGCUUUGGUCUUCCUCUUUCUGAUUUUUGCUGAAAUCAUCAAUCUUUAAUUAUCUUGCAGAUGGGGGAUGUAGCAAAGGAUUUAACUGCUGGUACUGUUGGGGGAGCUGCACAGUUGAUAUGUGGACAUCCCUUUGACACCAUCAAGGUCAAGCUCCAAAGCCAGCCUGUUCCAUUGCCUGGCCAGCCUCCCAAAUAUGCAGGUGCGAUGGAUGCUGUCAGGCAGACUCUGGCUGCAGAAGGCCCAAGGGGUUUAUACAAAGGUAUGGGAGCUCCACUUGCUACUGUGGCGGCCUUCAAUGCUGUCCUUUUCACAGUAAGGGGACAAAUGGAGGCAUUGUUGAGAUCUCAACCUGGUGCCCCACUUUCAGUUAGCCAGCAGGUUAUUUGUGGGGCUGGAGCCGGACUUGCUGUUUCUUUUCUUGCUUGCCCCACUGAAUUGAUCAAGUGCAGGUUGCAAGCACAAAGUGCAUUAGGAGGUUCUGGCUCGGCUGCUGUGGCAGUGAAAUAUGGAGGGCCAAUGGAUGUAGCAAGGCAUGUUCUCAAAUCAGAAGGUGGUAUGAGAGGUCUAUUCAAGGGCCUGGUCCCUACUUUGGGACGUGAGGUUCCUGGGAAUGCUGCAAUGUUUGGUGUCUAUGAAUUGCUGAAGCAAUACCUUGCCGGAGGCCAGGAUACUUCUCAGUUGGGAAGAGGAUCUUUAAUGGUAGCUGGAGGACUGGCUGGGGCAUCCUUUUGGGCAAUGGUAUACCCUACUGAUGUCGUCAAGAGUGUACUUCAAGUAGAUGAUUACAGAAAUCCUAAGUUCAGCGGCUCCAUUAAUGCUUUCAGAAAGAUCCUAGCCUCAGAGGGUGUGAAAGGCUUGUAUAAAGGUUUUGGUCCAGCCAUGGCCCGAAGUGUUCCGGCAAAUGCGGCAUGCUUCUUGGCAUAUGAGGUCACAAGAUCUAGUUUGGGGUGAUUGAUUUUUAUCAGGUAGCAGUUACCGGGCAAGGUAUUCUGGUGAAUCUUCACCUUCGUUAUCAUGUUGCUUAUCUCAAAGUCCUUUAUUGUCAUUGAACGAUUGCUCAUUGGAGUAAUUGUUUGGCAAUGUGAUAACAGUUCAUUUGAUUCUUCCAACUUUCUAUGAUUCUGAUUUGUGAUAGAAGGGAAAUAAAGAACAUAUUUUCGUUCUGAAUUGUCAAAA